GCGUCUGUGCGGGCCCGGGAGCGGCGGCAGCGGCCGGAGCCCGGUGAGGCGGCGGCGGAGCUCGGAGGCGGCCCCAGCGCAGGAUUUUUCAUUCCCAAGGAGUGGCCGGAUGGAGGAGGAGGAAAAGCCCCGGAGAUGCCGCAUGAGGAGGGGCUGCAAACCCAGCGCAGGGAGCUGCGAGGAGCAAAGACCCCCCCUGUGCCAGGAGGGCAGCCGGAGAUCCAGCCAGAGCUCAGAGCUGGUGGAGAAGCCUCAUGGAGGGGAGAAGCCCCACAAGUGCUUGGAAUGUGGGAAGGGUUUCAGCCAGAGCUCUCACCUGAUCCGGCACCAGGUGAUCCACACUGGGGAACGGCCCUAUGAGUGUGGGGAAUGUGGGAAGAGCUUCAACCACAGCUCCAAUCUGAUCCGACACAAGAGCAUCCACACCAGGGAACGGCCCUUGGAGUGUGGGGAAUGUGGGGACAGCUUCAGGUAUAGCUCCCACCUGAGGACACACCAGAUGAUCCACACUGGGAAGAAGCCCUACAAGUGUGGGGAAUGUGGGAAGAGCUUCAGAGACAGCUACAGCCUGAUCCAGCACCAGGUGAUCCACACUGGCGAAGGGCUCUACACCUGCUUGGAAUGUGGGAAGAGCUUUGGCUAUAGCUCCAGCCUGAGGAAUCACCAGGUGAUCCACACCGGGGAGAGGCCCUACGAGUGUCCUGAGUGUGGGAAGAGCUUCUCCAGGGUCUCUCACUUGACCCGACACCAACGGAGGCACCACUAAGGGAAGCGCUGCGAGUGCCCCGAGAGCGGGAAGAGCUUCGUGCGCUGCUCCAGCUCCAUCCCCCGUGGGAGGAUCGGCCUUGGAUGAUCCCCAGUGACCCCCGUUGGGCAGAGCCCUGCUGAUCCGUGGUCCUGGUGAUCCGUGUUGGGAAGACCCCUGGCUGGGAUGCUCCACAUCUUCCUGGCUCCCCGUGGGCACCUGGAUCAAUGCAGGGGCAGGAACAUCCAUUGGGACACAGACCGACAUUGGGAAUUCCUUGGGCAGAGCAGAUGUGUUGACUUUCAACCCCAGAAAAUCUUUUGCAUUCAAUGCUAUCAUCUGGAGGCAUCAAGGAAUACUGGAUGGUCUUGGAGGUCAUUUCCAAUCUCAGGGUUUCCACGAUUUUGAUUUCCUGUUUCCCAAGUGUGUCUUGCACAGCCAAAUAGUGAAGAUCAAGCGCAGGAACCAAGAUUUUGGAGACAGUGGUGUGGAAACCCCUUCAAAAAAGGUUCUUCUCUCCCAGCCAAGCACAUGGAUCCUCAGCUGGCACAGACACAACAAUCCUUUUUGUUUGACCUUGAUUUGUUUUUCAUUUCUCUUCAUCACUUUAGAUGUCCAACAUUGUGGUAAAAAUAAAGAGAUUGAACUGGGACAUGGGUGAGGACAUGGGGGACAUAGACAUGGUGGGACAUAGACAUGGAGAGUGACAUGGGGACACAUGGACAGGGACGUGGCCAUUCAUGGGGACAUGAGGGGAAAUGGGCACAGCUGGAGAUGUGGGGGACAGUGACAGGGAUGGAUUUGUGGUGGGGAGACAGCCAUGGGUGAGGACAUGGUGGGACAUGGCCAGUGACAUGUGGGGACAUGGCCAUGGCCAGUGCCAUGGGGGGAACUUGCAGGGGCUGUGGGGGAUGCUGGGUUUGAGGGAGUUGAGGGUUCCUGGGAGGGACUUGGGGCUUGCUGAGGGCUUUGGGGAGCCCAGAGCUGGGAGACCCUGGCAGAGGUUGUGGGGCAGCUGCUCAAGGAGCCCCUGAGCUGGACCCCCAGGUGGGCAUUGGGCUCCUGGAAGGGAAUGAAGGUCCUUGUCCCCAGGAGGGAAAUCCCAGCAGCCCCAGGGUAUUGGGGGCAGCUGAGAGGCCACAGCAGGGAGGGGAAAGCCAAACAGAGCUGUCCCCCUGCAGAACUGCACCCCAAAAAUCCCAAACUCAGGGACUCCUCCCAGGAAAAAGCUGUCAGGAGGUGCCUGAAUUGAGGGAAAGGGGGAUGGGACCUCCAAAACCAAGCAUGAUGGACAGGGCUGGUGGAUUGGGGGGCAGAGGGGAAGGGGUGGAAGAGCAGGGAAGAAGAGGGGGCUAGAACCCCCAAAUUGCUUUGGGAAGGGUCCCACUCCUCCUCCUUUCUAAUCCCCAAGAUGGUGCUGGGGCAGUGCUGGACUCUGGGCCUGGCUUGGGCACCCCCCAUGCGCCCCCUCCCCAAAUUCCCCUGGCAGCUUCAGGGCGCCCAGGCGCCUUUUGGUGUUGGCUGGGUGCUGUGCUGGGGUUCAGGUGCCUCCCAAGGAGUCCCCAGAGCGGGGUGACACAGGGGGGACACACGGGGGUCCCCAUUCCCGAUCCAUCCUGGGGCCCGUUCUGUCCCCUCCCGAAUCAUGGUCCCCCCGCAGGGUCCCCCCAAGUCCCUCUCCACUGUCCCUCUCACUGCCACUUUGUGAGUGGAGCCUCUGGUGGGCAGGAGUCCCAUCAAGCUCCCAGUGCUGUUCCCCACUUUGGUUGGUAACUUUU